AUGGAGACGAGCACCGAAGUGAUCAACGAUGCAAUUAGGAGUCUCGACUGGAAUGGGGUCCAGGAUUCGCUGCUUCGUGAUGAAGAUGUCGACCCGGACCCUAUCGAGGUGUGCACAGCAUCAGUGGAUGACUGGAACCGCUACGUCAGGUCGCCAAACCAGGCGAUGAAGCCCAAGUAUAUGGAGUGGCGGGACGGGAGAAUUUGGAUCGUGGAGUGUGCGGGGGCUAUAGACUCCCUUACUGCCGGAAAAUUCAUUGUGGCGAUGUGCUUGGCGACGGGGACUGGCGACGAGCAUCUUGAGCCGUAUACGGAUUGCCACGACGAAGAACCACCAGCGGGUGCGGUGCUGGCGGAGCCAGACUGCAGCUUUGGACCCAGUGUUUGUGUUGGAGCAGUUCUACCCGACGGCAUUGGAAACUGGCUGGACUUUCAAACGGUGAACGUGGAGGUCGGCGUUUGUCAAGGUUGGCCAGGUUUGGAUCGUAAGUCAGCAAUUUGGCGCGAACAUGUCGGCGUUCAGUUUGUGGUGUCGAUACGGCUGUCACCGAAGCUACGGAUCCGCCAGUUUCAAUUCGAGGAGCGUGUGAACGGGGAGUUUCCCGUGGAUGACGCUCUCAACCGCGCCCCCGUUUUGCCCAUUGACCAGCAGCAUGCCAUGCUGCGGUUUGAUGCUCACCGGCUUCUGGGGCUUCCGGCGGGCGCCAACCUCCCCAGCGGAUUCAACAACCCAGUGGAGAUCAACCUCUUCCAACUGGUCGAGCAAGUUCGUCAAAGAGCGAAUGCGUAA